AUGGGGCAGCUAAAGCUCGUACUAGUCUUCUUUUGUAGAGCUUUCCCGUCUUUAUUUGACCUUUGCACUGCUCAUUCUCCUCCCACUUUAUGUAAUGGCAGAAAACUCCAAAUUCAUCACUGUUUAUCGAGCGAAAACAAUGAACAGGCAAAGCCAAAAGCAGGUGAUCCGAUUAUGGACAUUUGUGGGAAAAAGAUUCGAUUGAUUUAUAGAUACUUCGAGCAAAGACCUGGCGGACAACAACAUGAUGCUAUGGACAAACUUCGAGCUAUUAAAGAUAAUGUACAGAGGAAUUUUAAUCGGUUAAAGCUUUUCCUGUUAUCUGUCACUUGGUCUCUGUUUCUCUUAAUGGAUCCUCCUUUGAGCCCCGGAACUGACUCUAUUCCCUUCAAGAAGGAGACCUGGAAGCAUACAAUCCUUUUGUCAUUCCAAAGCCUUGGAGUAGUUUAUGGUCGCCUGAGUACUGCUCCUUUAUAUGUCUUUACUUCAAUCCCUACACAGGAAUUCAAAUCCGAUGAGAGUGCAUACGAGUACUUCUCGUUUAUCUUUUGGACUUUGACGAUCAUUCCCUUAGUGAAGUAUGCCAUUAUAGUGCUGAGAGCCGAUGACGAUGGAGAGGGUGGUACUUUUGCUUUGUACUCACUAUUGUGUAGGCAUGGAAAAGUUGGUCUGCUCCCUAAUAAUAAUAGCGAUAACAACGUUAUGCAAUAUGAUUAUGAAAGUCCUUCCGUAAACAAGGUCGAAUUGAGAGCUCGAAGGGCUAUCGUGAAACAUAAGAGCAGUCAUUACUUGAUGCUGUUCUUGGCGCUGCUCGGCUCUUGCAUGAUAAUAGCCGACGCAGUUCUUACACCGGCUAUUUCUGUUUUAGCGGCUUCAUCCAGUAUUGAACGAUCAAUAACAGAUGAAAAAUAUGUACCUGUGCCUGUUGCAUGUGCCAUAUUGGUCUGCCUUUUCACGGUGCAACGCUACGGAAGCCGUAGAGUCGGGCUCAUAUUUGCUCCGAUAGUCAUUGUAUGGCUCUUGGUUAUUAGCGGAAUGGGUGUAUACAAUAUUUUACAUUAUGAUACCCAUAUCAUGUAUGCAAUCUCCCCAAAAUACAUAUACAGGUAUCUGAAAAGUAUUAGCCUCCGUAGCUGGAGGUCAUUGGGCAGUCUCACUCUGUGUGUGGCAGGAUCGGAGGCUAUGUAUGCGGAUCUAGGUCAUUUCUCAGUGAAAUCGAUCAAGAUGACAUUUUUCUGUGUGAUUUACCCUGUUUUAAUUGUAUGUUACGCGGGUCAAGCUGCAUUCCUCUCCCAUACACUCUCCGCAAAGAACUCCCCUGGUCUUCCCGACGAAUAUAAUCACCUUUUUCGAUCCGUACCUGAUCAUUUUCAGCAUGUCUACACGGUUUUGGCUCUAUUUGCUUCGGUGAUCGGAAGCCAAGCGACAAUAACAGCGUGUUUUUCCAUUGUAAACCAGUGCCUAGCACUUGGUUGCUUCCCCAGAGUGAAAGUGAUUCAUACAUCAGAUACGAUACAUGGCCAGGUUUAUAUACCAGAUCUUAACUGGAUAGUAAUGGUUCUUAGCCUCAGUGUUACAAUAGGCUUCCAUGAUGCCCCGAGAAUCGGAAAUGCACUAGGCACGGCUGUGGUCUCUAGCAUGCUGGUAACAACUUUUCUAAUGUCACUUGUGAUUGCCCUGUACUGGGAAAAGAGCUUGCUAGUGUCUGCUUGCUUCUUACUGUUUUUCGGGUCCAUCGAGGCUUUGUAUUUAUCAUGUAACAUACUAAAUUUUCACAAGGGAACCUGGUAUCUGGCUGUUCUUUUGGUGCUAUCCUUGACUAUCAUGGUUUCAUGGCAUUAUGGAACUUUGAAGAAAUAUCAAUUUGACUUGGAAAAUAAGGUAUCUACGGAAUGGCUUAUGGAACUCAACUCGGGCCUCGGAGUUUCCAGGGUACCCGGAAUAGGCCUCGUUUACACCGACAUAGUAACCGGAAUCCCGGCUUUCUUCUCCCAUUUUAUCACAAACGUACCCGCCUUUCAUCAAGUGCUGAUUUUCGUGUCAUUCAAGUCACUGACAGAGUCUUUCGUUCCCCCGAGUAGACGUUAUCUUAUAGGCAGAGUUGGGCCUCGAGCUAAUAGAAUCUACCGAUGCAUAGUAAGAUACGGAUACCGCGAUCAUAUCAGGGACACAGGGGACUUCGAGGAACAGAUCAUUCGUUCCAUCGGAGAUUUUAUCUCCAUGGAAGAAUGCGAUGCCGAGUCCUUGGUGGCACCCGAAGGAAAAAUGAUUGUUGUUGGAAAACAAGCAGAAGGAGAUGGUUUGAUCCCUUUACAUGAUAACCAUGGCACGAGCUCAGCCAAUGCAGCAACACAAACGAACGGAAGCUCGACUGGAGACGCCAAAGGAAAGAAGAAAAAGGUACGGUUCAUGCUGCCGGUUAAUACCCCGCGAAUGCGUGUGUCGGUAAGGGAGGAACUAAACGAACUAAUCGAGGCCAGGGAGAGCGGGACUGCAUAUUUCUUGGGUCAAUCGCAUCUGGUGGUACGCAAUGGCUCCAACUUCCUCAAGCGAUUCCUCAUCAUGGUCUACGUUUUCCUUGAUAAAAAUGGUAGAGAGCCCCAUGUGGCAUUGAACAUCCCUCAUGCAGCUCUGGUGGAGGUUGGUAUGGUGUAUACGAUAUAAUUGUAAAGGACCGAGUACCCAUACUUUUGUCCAAUAUAUGUACAUCAUAGCAGGCGACUGCAGU